ACGAACUAUCACGAGCAUAUCCCCAAGCCUCGAUCGACAUAAUGCAAUAGCGAAACCUUCUGCACCACAGGUCUCUCCAUCUUCAUCAACAUGUCAAUAACAAAGGUGCCAACCUGCCUGUCCACAACCACUCUCGCCCUACGCCCUCUCCUACGGCCCUCGUUUCUCCCACAAACCACCAAACGUACUGCAGCAACUACGCGGCGCCACACGAAAGCCCUGCGACUCCAAAACUCCGCCGUACACUCAAACACCUCUAUUCCACACGACCAUAUCGUCUUCAAUCCGCCAUCCUCUACGCCCAAUAUCUACCACACGCCGCUCAAAUUCCUACCGCGUAGCGACCCUCGUCGUGCACUGCUCGCUUCAAACCCACUCACGGCCGCUUCAGCAACGCGCAAGGGCCCUUUGCCUCAGAUUACCGGGAACGCCUAUGAGAAGAAAUACCACUUAAAUGCGGAGCAGGUUGCAGAGAUCAGGAGGUUGCGGAUGGAUGACCCACUAAAGUGGACAAGGAAUGCGCUGGCGAGGAAGUUUGACUGUAGCCCGUUCCUAGUUGCGUUGGUGCAUAAUAGCCCCGAGGGAAUAAAGAGGGAUAAGGCGAGGAUGGCGGCAGAUGCGGAGAAAUGGGGAACGAAGAGACGGGAGGCGAGGGAGGAUAGGGAGAAGAGGAGGGUUCUGGCGAGAAGGGAUGCUUAAGAGAUUGAGACUACUGAAUAGAUGGUACUUUAAGAGGGCGGAUUGCUGUGCAGACUUGUGCAUGUGGCUUUACAUAGAGAUCUGGCGAAGCACUGACUGCUCUGUACGGUCAUGUAUUCUUUGUAUUAAUACAUGCCUUAGCUUUAUUCUGUACGGUGGAAGUAGCGACUUCACAUGCUCUGUAUGUCCUAAUUGUUCAUGGGUUCCUCUGCUACAUAGUGAAGAUAUGAGCCUAGCAACUUAAUACCCUCGAUGUAGUUAUAUCGGUCCAGCUUCUCAUUUGUCGAAUGGGCAGCAUCUGUAGAACUACCCAUUGGCAAAAGAAGUACGUUCUUGCCAGU